AAGCGCAGCCAUUGUCCCGCGCGCGGAGGCUUGCUGUCGCCCCGCAACUCAGUCCUUCGGAGUUAACCCCGAGCGGCCUUGCGGAUGUUGACUAGGCGAGGGGAGCGAACUAGCUUAACCCGCGUCGGUCGUGCGUCAGCAUCGGCGCAGGGGUUACUUAACCCGAGUUCGUACUGCCGCGGAGCCGUGCCGGGCACCGAAGCGUUGACAGGCCCAACCUGGGCCACGGGCCCGUGGACGCUCAGCUUGGGACCUCAGCACACUGCUGUGCCGGAACGAGAGCAUGGAAGAGCAGGAUGAGAAGCCCCUGGGGUCCCUGAAGGCCUGCGUGCAGGACUCUCUCCUUCCUCAAGAGAUUAUCAUCAAGGUUGAGGGAGAAGAUGCUGGGUCACUGGCCAUCCCAUCCCAGGAAGGAGUGAACUUCAAAAUUGUGACUGUGGACUUCACUCAGGAGGAACAGGGCACUUGGAACCCUGCUCAGAGAACCCUGGACAGAGAUGUGAUCCUGGAGAACCACAGGAACCUGGUCCCUUGGGAUCUGGCAACUACACUUAGAAGAAGAGAAUCAGCUUCAAAGCAGAGCAGUUUUGAUGAUGAACCAUGUCAUGGAGUGAAGAUAGAAAAGUUGACAAGGGAUGAUCCUUGGUUAUCUUCAUGUGAAGAAGUCCAUGAUUAUAAGGACCAGUUGGAGAAGCAACAGGAAAAACAAGAGAGACUUUUGCAGGAAGUAGCAUUCACUCAAAAGAAAGCUAUUAUUCAUCAGAGAGUCUGCAAAAGCAAUGAACGUGAGGAGAAGAGUGGUCUGAAUUCCAGUCUUCUUUCAUUCCCAAUGAUACCCAUAAGAAACCAUUUUCAUAAAUAUGUGUCACAUGGUAAACAAUUGCAUCAUCAUUCUGUUGUGAACAGCCAUCAGAAGAUUAAUGAUAGUGAGAAACUAUGUGAAAAUAAUGAAUGUGGAAAACCCCCUCAGAGCAUUCACCUCAUUCAGUUUACAAGAACUCAAACAAAAGAUAAAUCCUAUGGAUUUAGUGACAGUAUUCAGUCUUUUAGCCAUGGUGCACCCUUAAACAUACAUGAAAAAAUUCAUGCUGGAGGAAGAACCUUUGAUUUUAAUGAAUGUGGGCAAGUUUUGAACCACAGCUCAUCCCAUAGUGAACAAGAGAAAAUUCCUGUUAAAGAGAAUCAAUAUAAAUGUAGUAAAACCCCUCAGAGUUUGUCCCUUGCUCAAAACAUGAGAAAUCAUUCAGAAGAGAAACCUUUUGAAUGUAAUCAGUGUGGGAAAUCCUUCAGCUGGAGCUCCCAUCUUGUUGCACAUCAGAGAACUCAUACAGGGGAGAAACCUUAUGAAUGUAGCGAAUGUGGAAAAUCCUUCAGCCGGAGCUCACACCUUGUUUCCCAUCAGAGGACUCAUACUGGAGAGAAACCUUAUAGGUGUAAUCAAUGUGGAAAAUCCUUUAGCCAGAGUUAUGUCCUUGUUGUGCAUCAGAGAACUCAUACUGGAGAGAAGCCUUAUGAAUGCAAUCAGUGUGGAAAAUCAUUCAGGCAGAGCUACAAACUUAUUGCACAUCAAAGAACUCAUACUGGAGAGAAGCCCUAUGAAUGCAACCAAUGUGGGAAAUCAUUUAUCCAGAGCUAUAAACUUAUUGCACAUCAAAGAAUCCAUACUGGAGAAAAACCCUAUGAGUGCAAUCAGUGUGGGAAAUCCUUUAGUCAAAGUUACAAACUUGUUGCUCAUCAGCGAACUCACACUGGAGAAAAACCCUUUGAGUGUAAUCAGUGUGGAAAAUCCUUCAGCUGGAGCUCUCAGCUUGUUGCACAUCAAAGAACUCACACUGGAGAGAAACCCUAUGAAUGUAAUGAGUGUGGAAAAUCUUUCAACCGCAGCUCUCACCUGGUUAUGCAUCAGAGAACUCAUACUGGAGAAAAACCAUAUGAAUGUAAUCAGUGUGGUAAGUCCUUCAGCCAGAGUUAUGUUCUUGUUGUACAUCAGAGAACGCAUACUGGAGAAAAGCCCUACGAAUGCAAUCAAUGUGGGAAAUCAUUCAGGCAGAGUUCAUGCCUUACUCAACACCAGAGGACUCAUACUGGAGAGAAACCCUAUGAAUGUAACCAGUGUGGAAAAACGUUCAGCUUGAGUGCUCGACUUAUUGUACAUCAAAGAACUCAUACUGGAGAGAAACCUUUUACAUGUAAUCAGUGUGGGAAAGCUUUCAUUAAUAGCUCUAAACUUAUCAGGCAUCAGUCUACUCACACUGAAGAGAAACCUUAUGAAAUGUAACUAGUUUGGAAAUCUUUCAGACAGAGUUUAUUCCUUUUUCUUUAAUUCUUUUAAAAAAUUCAUUUUAAGGGAGUAAAUUUCCCAUAUAGUGGGAAGAGCUAGUAUAAAAACAAUAUAUAUGGGAAAACUUCCAGUUAGCUGUGUUGUAUUAUAUAUCUGGAAAUUCAUUCUGAAGAAGGGGGGAAAGCCUAUGAACUACAUAUUUUAACUUAACAGUUCAACAUAUGAAAUUAAACUUGGGCCACGUGACAUAUUCCUACAAAAGUAAUAAGUAUGGGCACUUUUUGUUGCAGAAAGCACUCCUACCUGAAUCUGAGAGAAAACCAUAUGCUGAAGGGUAAUUGAUAGUGAGGUAGACUUCUUUUCCAUGAAGAGUAACACUAGUGGAGUUUUUGUUGGGAAAAUUGAAAGAUUACUCUCAUUUUUAGAACUUAGGCUGGAAAAUAGUAUUUUACUUACCAUUUUAGUACAAGGUUUCCCCAUUAGGUAGUUUGUAAUCAGUUUCAUACAGCACUUUCUAUGAAGAUUUUGUAAAAAUUAGGAAACUGGCUAUGAUAUGAAGUGAAAAAUGCAGGAUAAGAAUACGGAAAUAAUAUGAAUUGCUAGAACCAUUAUGAUAAAGUAUUUAUGGAUUAGAAUUGAAAGGGAUUCUCGAUGUAUCUAUUUGAUUUUUUGGUUUAUGUUGGACCUUCUCCCUUUUGGGGAUGUAUGCUGUUUUGCUUUAAUAGGUGAUAUGAUGGGUAAAAAUUAAUCAAAAACAAAAAAGAAAUACAAAGAUUUCCAUCUCAUAUGACCAUUUACGAAAGACUUAGCUACCAGAUAGCAAAGAUCCCCCAGGGUUCUAAAAUUUCUUUUCUGUUUGGAUUAGCAUGAGCAGGUCACUCUUUAGGACUUAGAUUCCCAGAGAUAUUCCUCAUUAAAGAUAAAAUUGUUUCCUAGAAAUGGGUAACUAGAAGUUCAGACCAGAGAGUGUUUGGUAUGAAGGAUUGAGAAUGUAUGGACAGAGUAGAGGACAAGUGGGUUUAUUUUCAUAUAUUCAAAGCAGAAUAAAGGAGCAUCAUUUUCAAGUUGUUUUUUCCCUCCCCUCAAGCAGUAUUAUCUUUUCUUUGGGAUAUGUUCCCUAAUGUGAGAAUCCUGUGAGUGGGAGGGUCCUGCCCUGGAUAAGUGUUCAUCACCUUAAAUUAAGCUUGCAAGAAUGCUUUUAGUGAGGCAAGCUUUGUAGCUACUCUUUGAUUUCUAGAUUUGUUUCCCAUAUCUUCCUUUACCCCUAAAUCAUGAAUUCUAAUUCUGUGAUUUUUCACUGAGUGCAUUACUUUGAAGGCAAGGAAUCAUGAUUGUACAAAGGGACAUAAAGCUAAGUGGGCUAAAAAUUAGGGCUGUGAAGAUUUCAAGUUUCAUAAGUGAUUUAUUACAAAGGAAUUUCUUCAGUAAAUGUUGAAAAUAUUUCCUUGA